UCGGCGCUCCGACGACCAGCUGAUUAUCGCAGGCGUUGUUUCAAGUGGCGUCGAUUACGAAGUAGCAUUGUCGCCGGGGCAAAGGCCACUCUCCGAGCCCCUCUCCCACAACAGGUGUCGAGAUUGCGCCCCACGCGUGCGGUCCGCCGCCGUCAGAAGAGACGUCCGUAGGCGCGCUCUCCACGUGGUCAUAAGUGAGCGCGCGGCUCGUCACACGCGUGUUCACUCGAAAAGCCAGCACAAAAAGCCUGCUCACAAGCGGUGACGAACUAAGGGUGUUCAACUCGUACAGCUGAACAGGCUGGAAGCACGGACCGCAGGACCAGCGAAGAAAAGGACUCUCCCUGGAAGCUCAAAGAGAGGGCCCGCUGGGCCACCUGCCAAAGCAAGCGGAGCGCAAUCGCGGACAUACUGGACAAUACGUCGGGUACUCCUUCACGAGAGCACCACUUGAUAUGAGCCGCCAAAGAGCGCUGAAGUGCCAUUGCGAUUAGCACGCCGCUCGUGUUCCUUCUCAACGUUCCACUCUUCGUGUUUCGGCGUGAACAGAAGAAGCAGCAUCACCUUCGAGGAAGAGAAAGACGGACAACUGCCCGAUUCUCGGCCGAUUCCCCUGAGUGGGUAUGCGCCAUUGACACAUAAGGCUCUACAUCUGCAUCUACCGUGUAUCUGUGGUUUCUAAAGGACCACUUCCCUUGCUCCGUAGAAACUAAACGUAAUAUUGUCAAAUAUAAGGAAAGAAGAUUUGUCUUGUACAUCUUGCGGCAUUUUGUGGGAGAAAAGGAGAACAAAGAUUGCGAUUGCUCUGUUUUCGUUCGUCGCUCCCCCGAACCCCGUAGUGGGUCCGAGCCAUACUCAUAGGCACCAAACCAAACCGUUCGGCGCUCAACCAGUUCGCCUGAGAUCUACAAAUUGCUGCGCCAACUUCUACCACCCACAUCUUCGUGCUGCUUGCCAGUUUUACCGCUGCAAACUCGGAAAUUAUGACGCCCGGCGGAGAAGCUGCCCAGCCCGUCGUAGUUCAAGGCUUCCUGCUGCUCAUAAAGCUCGUUGUGGCCGUUUACGAUGUCGUCACACUCCCCGUCUACGCCGUUUUCCAGAAGCCCUGGGUGUAUUGGAAGAAAAAGCGUGCUUGCUUCGCCAAGCCCGUGGUUGAGGGAGACUCGUCGUCACCCUACCGACGUUUGAAGAACAGCUCGAUCGAGAGCAUGGAAGGCGCCAAGACCUUGGACGAGUUGGCUCGAACGGCAAUCAGCCUGUACGCCCAGCGGCAAUCCAUAGGUAUCCGACCAGUGUUGGGUUACAACGAAGAGAAGCAGGCCAGCGGCAAGGUGUUCAAGAAGCUCGUCCUCGGCGAGUACGAAUGGAAAACGUUCGAGGAAGUGGACAGCAGAAUCGACUUGACAGCGCGUGGUCUCCACUCAAUAGGUGCCAGGCCCGGUCAGUACUUGGCCAUCUUGGCCGAGACGCGUUUUGAGUGGCUGCUGACGGCGCAGGCCUGUUUCCGCACCAACGUCCCCCUUGUGACGUUGUACGCGACGCUCAGCAACGACGGGAUAGUGAGCGCCAUCAACGAGACGGAGGCGACGCACUUGGUCACGUCCGAGGAUCUUCUGCCGCGGAUUCUGAGUGUGGUCAACAAAAUGCCGUCGCUGACGCACGUUGUGUGCAUGGAGAACCCCAACUCCAAGCCGUUAGAGCAGUCCACUCACGGUCCACAGAUUGUCCCGUUCUCUAGUCUCGAGAAACAUGCCGGAAGCUGUGAGCUGCCCUCAUGCCCGCCCACAGCGGACGACGUGGCCAUCGUCAUGUUCACUAGCGGCUCCUCCGGGCUGCCCAAGGGCGUCGUCACCACGCACGCGAACCUCGUUUCAGCACUGCACAGCUUCGCCGUGGGCUGCCAGAGGUUCGGCGUCUCGACCUGCAACGACACCUACAUUGCCUACCUGCCCCUGGCGCACAUGUUCGAACUGGUCGCCGAGCUGCAUCUCUUCGCUGUCGGAGCGCGUAUCGGCUACUCGUCUCCGCAGACCCUCACCGACAACGCGACCGCCUUGGCUCGGGGUUGUCCUGGCGACGUGACGCUUCUACGACCGACUCAGAUAGCAACCGUGCCGCUCAUACUGGACAGGCUUGCCAAGGGCAUCAGUGAAGCAGCCGCCUCAAAAGGGCCGCUGUUCAAGGCUUUCUUCGAGUUCGCUGUGGAUUACAAGAACUUCUGGCUAGACCUUGGAUUUGACACGCCUCUCCUCAACCGAGUUAUCUUCAAGAAAACCAGCGCAGUCCUCGGCGGUAACGUCAAGGCCGUCGCAUGUGGCUCCGCACCGUUGUCCACACAGACUAGCCGGUACCUUCGAGUCUGUAUGUGUUGCCCCAUCGCCGAGGGUUACGGCCUCACCGAGACAGGUGGCGCUGCUACCAUCGUGGACGCCGAUGACGUUAGCCAGAACCGCGUGGGAGCACCUCUAACAAGAUGCUACAUCCGGCUGGUUGACUGGCCAGAAGGCAACUACAGCGUUUCGGACCGUCCUAACCCCCGCGGUGAGGUUCUCGUUGGUGGGCCGGGUGUCGCCAAAGGGUACUUCAAAAACGAUGAACUGACUCGCGAGUCAUUUCGAGAGGAAAGCGGCAUCCGCUGGUUCUACACCGGUGACAUAGGCGAGAUCUUCCCCGACGGGACGCUCAAGAUAAUCGAUCCGCAAGAAGGAUCUAGUGAAGCUUCAAUACGGCGAGUACGUUUCGUUGGGGACGCGUCGAGUUCGCUGCACACCUACCUAGUGGCGUUCGUGACACCGAACCACAAGCAGCUGCUGCGCCUAGCUAAGGAACUUGGCAAAGAGGAGCUGUCCACUCUGAAGGAGCUGUGCGAAGACAGUGACGUUGUGAAAGCUGCCACCGACUCGAUCCUGGCGUACGCGCGUGCCAGCGAGCUGCACAAGACAGAGGUGCCGCUCAAGCUGAAACUGUCCACGGGCUCCAGUGUCAUAGAGAGAGACAUGGUCGGAGCUCUGCUGGCGUCUGUGCCAGAACCACGGUUGAACCGGCGGAACAACCACGCGAGACGCCAACAGACGCAGCUUCCCAUGGUGCUGGUGCUCCAGCAUGGGCCCUGGGUCUACUGGAAGCAAAAACGAAUGCGCUUCGCCAAGCCUAUCAAACAGGGGGACCCAUCGUCACCAUACAUGCGCCCUGAAAAGCUCGAGAUAGAAUGCCUGAAAGGUGUGCAAACGUUGGACGAAGCUACCCGCAAAGCCAUUCGUUUGUACCCCGAGCGACCCGCUUUAGGAACUCGGCCCGUCCUGGGCCAAAGCGAAGAGAAGCAACCGAACGGCAGUGUCUUCAAGAAGCUCGUUCUGGGCGACUACCGGUGGCUCACAUACGAGAAGGUUGACCAGCAGAUUGACCUGGUGGCUCGCGGUCUACAGUCAAUAGGUCUGAAGCCCCGCCAGUAUUUGGGCAUCCUGGCCGAGACACGCGCCGAGUGGUUUAUAACAGCGCAGGCGUGUUUCCGCACCAACGUCUCACUAGUCACUCUGUACGCGACGCUUAGCAACGAAGGAAUCGUGAGUGCCGUCAACAGGACCGGACUGACACACCUUGUCACCUCGGCGGAUCUUCUGCCCCGGGUGCUAAGUAUCGCGGACAAGACGCCGUCACUUACCCACAUUGUCUACAUGGAGGACGCUCACUCCAAACGUGAAGCACCGCUAGCUCAAGGUCCUCAGGUUAUACCAUUCUCUAGCCUUCAAACCUUGGGAAGCCACCGCUACAUGGAAGAGUGUCCGCCUGGGCCUGACGAUAUCGCCAUCAUCAUGUUUACGAGCGGAUCCACAGGGAUUCCCAAAGGUGUCAUGGCUACGCACAGCAAUCUCAUGACGACGAUGAGAUCCUUCGGAUUCUUCUGCCAGAGCUUCGGGGUCGCAGGGAGCGAAGACGCCUACAUCGCCUUCCUGCCGCUCGCCCACAUGCUUGAACUUUCUUUCGAGAUAUUGCUGAUGAGCGUCGGUGGACGCAUAGGCUACUCGUCUCCUCUCACCCUCACCGACAAAUCAAACGGCAUCGCCCCGAGCUGUCGCGGAGACGCAACCGUUCUGAAGCCGACUCAGAUCACUUGCGUUCCUCUCAUAGCAGACCGUAUCCGAAAAGCAAUCAACGAAACGGCCGCUUCCAAAGGCACCUGGUGCAAGGCACUGUUCGACUACGCGGUUAAAUACAAAUGCUUCUGGCUGGACCUCGGUUUCAAUACUCCUCUCCUCAACCGUUUACUUUUCAAUAAGACAAGCCGCCUUCUCGGCGGCAAAACCAAGUUAAUCGUGAGCGGCUCGGCCCCACUGUCCGAUCAAACGCGCUGGUUUCUGCGGGCCUGCUUGAAUUGCGCCGUCGUCGAGGGGUACGGCCUGUCAGAGACCAGCUGCGUGACCACCGUCAUGGAUCGGCGGGACACCAGUACGGGCCGCGUCGGAUCCCCUCUGCCCGGUUGCUACCUGCGCCUGGUCGACUGGCUGGAAGGCGACUACAGCAACACCGACAAGCCCAACCCUCGCGGCGAGGUCGUCGUGGGAGGUCCGUGCGUCACCAAGGGCUACUUCAAGGAUGAAGAACUUACGCGAGAGUCGUUUCGCGAAGAAGACGGCAUCCGCUGGUUCUACACGGGCGACGUCGGCGAAAUCUUUCCAGACGGCACGCUCAAGAUCAUCGACCGCAAGAAAGAUAUUGUCAAACUCCAGCAUGGCGAGUACGUGGCACUCGCGCGCGUCGAGGCAGUGCUCAAAUCAUGUCCUCUCGUUGAAAACGCGUUCGCGUAUGGGAACUCCCUGUACACCUACCUCGUGACGUUCGUAUCGCCAAACUACGAUCAGCUGCAGCGGUUGGCCCGACGCCUCGGGAGGGGACACUUGGUGACUAUGAAAGAGCUCUGUUACGACGCCCAAGUAGCUAGCGCCGCCGAGGAGUCGAUUCUGAACUACGCGCGUUCGUGCGAUUUGCAGAAGGCCGAGGUGCCGCGUAAGGUGAAACUGUGUCACGAGCCGUGGACGCCGGACACGGGACUGGUCACGCCUACGCUCAAGCUUUGCAGAAAGCCGCUGCAAAAGUACUACCAGAGUGACAUUAACGCCCUCUACGAGCCGGAUGAGAAAAACAUUGUGUGAGGCAUGAAGCACCACAAAUAGCUCUGCCAGAAAUUGCAGUACCUGUCAUGUUCGAGAUACUGUUCUACAUGGCUUACCUGGAGACGUGUAAGCGUUGAUACUCAUGGACCGCACUGGAGUCACACUGACUGAGGAUGUUGCCGCGAAAUGACAUAGCUACAGGCCAAGAAGGGGACGCCACCCCAAUAUUACAAACGGUUGACGGAGACCAGGCGUAAAAAAAGGCAUGUGUAUUGCACAACAGGCGUCAGCCCUACCAUGGAACGCCUCCUAUACAUAUAGGAAUCGCGUUAGCCUGCAAAAUAAACGCGACAGUCACUUGGACUCUCAUACCACGUCUUUCCAAGACAAACACACCCAGGGACGACGCACAUACAAAAGAGACUAGUCAUCUCUUGUGGGACUUGGCGCGUUAGGCUGGAGUGGACCACCGCAUGCGAAAUGUGUAUGUGUGUGUUUGUGUAUGUUUUAUUUUGAUCUGUCCCCCUGUCAAACUUAGGCAACGCUGUCUUGAUUCUAUGUAG